AUGGCAGCUACAACGACCGACCACGACCUCCUCUGGAAGCCCUCUCACCCCGAGAGGGCCCAGAGCACCAUCUUCCGCAAGCACGUCGCCGGCGUCCAUGGCCUCAAGCUCGACACGUACGAGGACCUCCUCAACUGGUCGUUUGACAACCGCGGCGACUUCUGGAGCGAGGUAUGGGACUGGGAAGGUGUCGUCGGCGAGAAGGGAGAGGGACCGUAUGUCGACGAAAAGGCGCCCCCACGCGACAACCCCAAGUGGUUCCCCAAUGCCCGUCUCAACUGGGCUGAGAACCAGCUCCGCAACCACGCCACCCACCCCGAGGACAUUGCGAUCAUUGAUGUGACUGAGCCUUGCCCGGGCUACGCCCCAGAGCCCCGUCGCGUCACUCAGCGUGAGCUUUACGGGCUCGUCGGCAAGUGCCAGGCAGCCAUGAAGAAGGCCGGCGUUGAGAAGGGUCACCGUGUUGCUUACUGGGGCGGCAACCGCCUAGAAUCGGCUGUUGUCCUUCUUGCCACUUCCUCAAUCGGCGCCAUCUUUUCGUCUGCCGCGGCCGACUUUGGUGUUGACGGUGUCAUUGAGCGUCUACAGCAGAUAAAGCCACGUCUCCUGAUCGUCGGCAACGGUGUUGUCUACAACGGAAAGCCACACGCUCUCCUUCCCCUCCUGCCAAAGCUGUUCUCAAGCCUCCAGCACCCCCCUCGCACCACCGUCAUCAUCAACCAGCUGCCCGACGACCUGGACCCCAAGUCGAAUGUCGCCGAUUUCCUUGACGGCCACCACGACGGUUGGACCCAGCUGCACCAGUGGGACAGCUGGCUCGGUACCGAGGAUGUCGAGCCCACCUUUGAACGCAUGGACUUUAACGCUCCCAUCUGGAUUCUCUUCUCGUCGGGUACCACGGGCAAGCCCAAGGCCAUUGUCCACCGCCAGGGCGGUAUGCUCAUCGACUCGCUCCGCGAACACCACCUCCAAGGCGACAUUACGCGUGGUGACAUCUUCUUCUACUACACCACCCCGGGCUGGAUGAUGUUCCAGUACCUCAUCUCAGGCCUUGCGACGGGCGCGACUUUGGUGCUGUAUGACGGCUCGCCCCUCAAGGACCCUGCCUCGAUGUGGAACCUCGUCGACCAGCUGGGCAUCACCCACUUUGGCACCAGUGCCAAGUACAUUGAAAUGAUUUCUAAAGUCUACCCCGACGUCGGCAAGAAGCACAAGCUCACUACGCUUAGGCAGAUCAUGUCAACGGGCUCGCCACUGGCUCCUGGCCUGUUCGACUUUGUCUACACAAACGUCAAGAAGGACCUUCUCCUUGGUUCUGUCUCUGGUGGUACCGACAUUUGCUCCGUGUUUGCUGGCCGCUGCACCAGUCUCCCCGUCUACCGUGGCGAGAUCCAGGCCCGCAUGCUUGGCUUUGCCCUCGGAUCUACCGCACGUGAGCCCGGAGAGACCGGCGAACUCAUGUGCUCGCACGCGUUCCCCAUCCAGCCUGUCGGCUUCUGGCCCCUCCCGAAGGAGGAGCUUCCGGACGGUGCCGACAUUGCGCAGGCCGACGUCGAGGCAGCCCAGCAGCGAUUCCUCGAGAGCUACUUCAAGGGCGAGGAGGGCCACUGGUUCCACGGCGACUUUAUCCGCAUCACCGAGUCGCGCGCCGGUAACGGUGGUGGCUUCAUCAUGCUUGGUCGCUCGGACGGCGUCCUCAACCCUGGUGGUAUCCGCUUUGGCCCCACAGACAUUUACAGCGUCCUGGAGAACCCUGCGUUCGCCGCCCGUGGUCUUGAGGAGUGUCUCGUCGUGGGUCUCCUGGUCGAGGACGGUUCGGACGAAAAAGUCAUUCUCUUCGUCAAGAUGCGUGAGGGCACAGAGCUCGACGACGAGCUCCUCAAGCUCAUCAAGACCUCGAUCCGCACAGCCCGUUCGGCACGCCACGUUCCUUCGCGUAUCAUCCAGGUCACCGACGUCCCCAUGACUCUGACAGGCAAGAAGAUUGAAGUGCCCAUCCGCAAGGUCAUCAACGGCGCCGCCGUGUCGGCCAUCAACCCCGCGACCCUCCGCAACCCCGAUUGUCUCGAGCAGUAUGUCACCCUCGGCGAGACUAUGCGCCGCGAGGAGGGUGUCACUGUUCCGGCACUGGCGUGA